AUGAAGGUCAUUGUUACAGGAGCUUCUGGUUUAUUAGGAAGAGCUGUCUAUAAGCAGUUGAAGGCAGCAAAUAUCGAUGUGGUUGGAACUGCUUAUAGCCGUGCCAAAAAUGGUCUUGUCAAACUUGAUUUGGCCAAUGAAAGUGAAUUAGAAGCCUUUAUUGCUGAACAAAAGCCCAAUGCCAUUGUUCAUUGUGCUGCUGAACGCCGUCCUGAUGUUGCCGAAAAGGAUCAAGAGGGAACUCGUAAUUUAAAUAUUCAAGUACCCAAACGCCUAGGAAGUCUGUGCAAGACCAACAAUAUUACGCUUAUUUAUAUUAGCACAGAUUAUGUGUUUGAUGGCACUUCACCUCCUUAUGAAGUCACAGACAAACCUAAUCCAUUGAAUUUUUAUGGAGAGACAAAAUUGGGAGGAGAAGAAGCUAUUCGUGAGGUCAAUUCUGACGCAAUUAUCCUCAGAGUUCCUAUUCUUUAUGGUGAUGUAGAAUACAACGGUGAAUCUGCUAUCAACAUCUUGCUUGAUUCUGUACAGAACCAAGAAAAGGUUGUUGACAUGGAUAAUGUUGGAAAACGUUACCCUACAAAUGUUCAAGACAUUGCUCGUGUGAUCAAAGACUUGCUUGUCAAGAGAGUUGAUCUUGGAGAAGAUCUAAAAGGGACAUUUCACUUUACCAACACCGAGUGCUUUACAAAGUACACUAUCUGUCAGCUAUUUGGAAAUCUGUUGAAUUUACCUAUUGAUCAUUUGAAGCGUCAGGAUGAGAUCCCUGCCUCUGCUGCUGUAUCUCGUCCCAAGGAUGCUCACUUGUCUAACAAGCGUUUGGAAGCCAUUGGCAUUGAUACCAAGAGUGUUCCAUUUGUGGGUUGGUGGACAGAAUACCUUUCUAAAUAAAGACAAUAAAUAUACAAAAAAAAUCCAUUAC